AUGGAUGUGGAUGCAUCAUCACUUUCGACCGAUCCGGAGGGCCAAGAGGAGUUGCUCCUCGCGCUCCGCAAGCCGCGCGUGGGACAGGUGCUCCGUUUGGGCAGGCCCAUCCAUGUAGCAGGCUGGCCACCUUUGCGCAAUCUUCGGGUCACAGAGAGGAACAGCUCUGCGGUGCGCUUGCGCCUCUGGCCCGAUGAAGGGGAGACAGUGCCGCCUGCGCCCACGGAUCGCGCUCCCAGUGGAGCGCGUAGCGCUCACCGGCGACCGGGCGCAGUGCCCACGUUGCACUGCAAAGUGCUCUACCAAGACACUGGAGAGGAGUUCGCGGCCUUGCGGCUCUUGUCGGUGCUCAAUGCCCGAUGGGCCUGGGAGAAGCUGAUCCUCUUCGGGGUGCCGGUGCAUUGUGUCCCUUACGGAGCGGAGCUCUUGAAAGAAGGGCUGGUACUGCUGGAGGAACCUCAGGGAGUGACGCUUGGGGAGCUGAAGCGGAGAUGCGGAGAGCACACGCGCACCCGUGUGGCGGACUACUUGGGCCGAGAAGAGCCGAAGUUGGCGGUGUUGGCCGCCACCUGUGCUGCCAUGUUGGCAGCCAGCUACGUCCUGGGCGCUUCCGCGGGCGAUGGCGAUACUCUUAGGCUUUUGCCCGACGGAUGCCUCCUCCGCACCGACCUGGUCCAUCUCUUCGGACGGGGCGCCCUGCUGGACGCUCCUCCGGUGUGGCUUCCGAAGGCAGUCACAUGUGCUUUGGGCGGCCGAUGGCCUGAUGUUCAGCACAUGGCCUUGGUGGCCUUUCAAGUAGCCAUGGAAGCCCUGUCGCCCUUGCCGCCGUCUUCGCCACGCUUGGUGCGGAGCUGGGCGCAGGCACAGACCUUGCUCCUGCGGAUGGAACAACUGCUUCAGCUGCCUGCAACAGAGUACUUGUCCAGCCUGUCGAUGGCGGAGUUUCAGUCUGCCCUCACUGUGGCAGAUGAUACUCUGGGCAAGCGGGUCAGCAGCGUGCUGCACGACUUCUUUGGGUAUCGACCCUCCAACGGCGACCUCGAUGACCAGAGGACUCCAGAGCAACAGGCGAAAGCCCAGAACUUGAAGCAGUUCCUGAUGGCCGAGGAACGCGAGGCCUUCGCCAGUUCCUUAUCCUUGCUGUGGUUCCCCUACACUGUCACCUGUCACGCUUGGCCCUUUGCGGUGCGCAUCGUGGCAGCUCUGUCAGGCGAUGCUGAACGUAUGCUGCGGCUGCAUUGUGAAGACCUGCUACUGCUGGCACGACAGGUGAACGGCGCGGCGGUUUUGCGCCCCCGUUUGGACUGCCCGGAUGCGAUGAAUUCGUUGGUGGCCAAUGAGUAA